AGUCUGGUUUCCGACCAUAAGAGGAUUUGAUGAUAAAACGGUAUAAGGGAUGGGCAAUGUGUCCUGAGUAUAGUGGGGAGGAACAGGCAAUUUGUGCGGUUGGUCUAGCGAAAUGUAGACCUGGAGUUUUUGUUGAAGCUAUUCAAUAUCUUUUGGUGUUGGCAACUCCUGUUGAGUUGGUUCUUGUUGGAGUGUGCUGCACUGAAGGACCUUAUGGUAGAGAUCCUUAUGCUGAAAUUUCAGUACAAUCUCUGCCUGACUAUACAAUAUCAUCAGAUGGAGUGACAAUGACAUGCGUUACAUGUACCAAUAAAGGACGCAUUUUCAUGGCUGGACGUGAUGGUCACAUUUAUGAGCUGCUAUAUACAACUGGCUCAGGCUGGAAUAAACGUUGUCGUAAAGUGUGCCUUACUGCAGGCGUAGGUAGUAUGAUCUCGAGGUUGGUUGUGCCAAAUGUAUUCAAGUUUGGAGCUGUAGAUCCUGUUGUAGAGAUGGUUGUUGAUAAUAAAAGGCAAAUUUUAUAUGCCCGCACUGAAGAGAUGAAACUUCAAGCAUAUGUUUUUGGGCCAAAUGGGGAAGGUCCUCUUAAGAAGGUGGCAGAAGAAAGGAAUCUAUUAAAUCAGAAGGAUGUGAGCCAAGAAAAUCGUCAGUCAGCAGUGGCAGGUCGAUCUAACAAGCCAUCCAUAGUCAGCAUUUCACCAUUGUCCAUGCUAGAAUCGAAAUGGUUGCACCUUGUUGCAGCAUUAUCAGAUGGCAGGAGGAUGUAUCUUUUCACUUCCUCAAGUGGAAGUGGUAGUACUAUUAGCUUCAGUGGGUUCAACAACCACCGCCAGACUCCAAACUGUCUGAAAGUGGUUUCAACUAGGCCAUCUCCUCCAUUGGGUGUAGGUGUUGGACUUGGUUUUGGGGCCGCAUCUAUAGCCGGUAGAACUCAGAAUGAAGACCUCUCUAUGAAAGUUGAAACAGCAUACUAUUCUGAUUCAUCGCCACCUGCUAUGUCUUCUCUUCUUGUUGUUAGCAGAGAUUCAAGUGUGCACUCUCAGGUUGGCAGCAGUUCAGGGCCAAGUUCAAGGAGUUCUCGGGCUUUACGAGAAGUUUUGUCCUCCCUUCCUAUUGAAGGACGUAUGCUUUUUGUUGCAGAUGUGCUCCCCUCUCCUGAUACUGCUGCUACUGUCCAAUCAUUAUAUUCAGAACUAGAAUACUGUGGAAUCGAAGUCUCUGGAGAAUCUUAUGAAAAGGCAUGUGGAAAACUCUGGGCCAGAGGUGAUCUUUCGACCCAGCAUAUUUUGCCACGGAGAAAGAUUGUUUGUUUUACCACCAUGGGUAAGAUGGAACUGGUUUUUAAUAGGCCUGUUGAUAUCUUGAGAAGACUUCUGGAAUCCAACUCUCCAAGGCUUUACAUUACUUGUUUGCUUCACUCUAUGCAUAUCUGUCUGGAAAUGCUCUACUUUGCCAACUAUUCUGGUGAUGCUGAUUCAAGCAUAAUAAGGGAAACAUGGGCUAGACUCUUUGACCAAGCUCUCUCACAAGGCGGGGUAGCUGAAGCCUGUGCAGUUCUUAAGAGAGUCGGAUCUCAUAUAUACCUUGGCGAUGGAGUUGUUUUACCGCUUGAUGUUUUGUGCCUUCACCUCGAGAAAGCUGCACGUGAGAGAUCAGAGAGGACUGAAAAUGUUAGAGAUGAAGUCAUAGCUAAAGCUCUUCUAGCGGCUUGCAAAGGCGCAGCUGAACCUGUGCUCAACUCUUAUGACCGUUUAUUAUCCAAUGCAGCCGUUGUGCCACCCCCAAAUCCAAGAAUCCGCCUCAUUCAUUCUGUUAUAGUGGUGCUCCGUGAAUGGGCAAUGUCUGUAUUGUCAGAUAGAAUGGGCUCGAGUCCAACCAGGUAUAUGACAGAGGUAAGGAGACUGGCUCGGCCACCGAACAAGACGGAGAAUGUAUACGCAGGUUUCAAAGAACUUGACGAGUCUCUCUCAAGUCCAUUCUCCUUCUGAUCUAUCACUCAUUUCUUCUUUUCUUUUUUGAUAUGCAUCCAAUUUCACUUGAUAGGGUUUAGCAGAUUUCUUGUAACUUUAAAUUGCUAUUGGGGAAAUUUCCCCUUCUUUAGUCUACAAAGAGAAUCAAAGAUACGAAAAGAG